AUGAAUGAGGAGUUCCGAAAGGAACUCGAGAACGAAAUUGAAAAGCCUGAAUGGAAAAAACUGAAAGGAAUGUUUGAUGGGAAGGAAUACAAAUUCAAUGGGAACGAAGUUGUUGAGGAGAUAUUGCACCUACCACGAGUGGGACGACUCGAUGUGGUAGUACAAAUAAGUCACGUUUGCGUGAAUAAAGAGUGCCUGAAAGGCACACAAUUUCGUGCGACUGAAUUUGCUGGAAAAGUUAUCAAAGUGGGUCGCGAUGUAUCGAGUUGCAGAGUUGACAAUUUUGUUAUUGGAAGAGAUUUGGCACAAAACUGCUUCAAAGAAAUUGUUGUUACCAAUUUCGAAAACAUCCAAAGAGAGGAAAAACACUCGCCAAAUGACUUGAUAAACACAUUGGGGAAUAUGAGCACUGCUGUGUUGCCAUAUGAAACAUUACAAUACGUUACGGUCCGUCCAUCGGAUAACGUUUUAAUUUUAGGCACUGGCGUUGUUGCCCAGAAGUUGUACGAAAUGUUGGACGACAAACAUAUUCGCUCGUUUAUCGUUGUUCCUGAUAAAAUGGUCCGUAAGUACACUACAAUGGGAUACAAUGCCGUUUCAAUCCAGGUUGUGGACGAGGUGUUUGUCGACAAAGCAGAUGUGAUCUUUGACAUGAGCAAUAAAUUUGAAGUGUUGGAUAACAUCAGGACGUCAACUACUUACAUUUAUUUAAACUGUGACAACCCACUUGGCGAUCAUUUGAGGGAAAACGAAACACGUGUACUAUCAGACGUUAAAGGACAUGCAACUUUCAUGUCGGUCAAAUGCCCAUCAAACAGUGAAGCGUUUUUCAAAAGCCACAACAAAGCUAAGUAUCUCCUGAGACCGCACAUCCACUCGGUUGUCAACAUAGUUGAUAAGAAGCUUGUUCUUGAAGUUCUCAUAGCGCAGCAACAAGAGGAUGAGACGGUUAUUAUUUGUUUGUGA